CGCGUCUGCCGCAGCGGCAGGGUGCGGCCGGCUGGAGCGCCGGGCCGGGCUUGCGGGGAGACCGGUGCGCUAGCUGCCCCUGCUCGGCUCGCUUGGCGUCCGGGAAGCUUCCUCUUGAAUCAUGUUUUUCACCUGUGGCCCAAAUGAGGCCAUGGUGGUCUCGGGUUUCUGCCGGAGCCCCCCAGUCAUGGUGGCUGGAGGCCGCGUCUUUGUCCUGCCCUGCAUCCAGCAGAUCCAGAGGAUCUCUCUCAACACACUGACCCUCAAUGUCAAGAGUGAAAAAGUCUACACUCGCCAUGGGGUCCCCAUCUCAGUCACUGGCAUCGCCCAGGUGAAAAUCCAGGGGCAGAACAAGGAGAUGUUGGCAGCUGCCUGCCAGAUGUUCCUGGGGAAGACGGAAGCUGAGAUUGCCCACAUCGCGCUGGAGACCCUGGAGGGCCACCAGCGGGCCAUCAUGGCUCACAUGACCGUGGAGGAGAUCUAUAAGGACAGGCAAAAGUUCUCAGAGCAAGUUUUCAAAGUGGCCUCAUCAGACUUGGUCAACAUGGGCAUCAGCGUGGUGAGCUACACGCUGAAGGACAUUCACGACGACCAGGACUACUUACACUCUUUGGGGAAGGCGCGGACCGCUCAAGUCCAAAAGGAUGCUCGCAUCGGGGAAGCAGAGGCCAAGAGAGAUGCUGGGAUCCGGGAAGCUAAAGCCAGGCAGGAAAAGGUGUCCGCUCAGUACCUGAGCGAGAUCGAGAUGGCCAAGGCGCAGAGGGACUAUGAGCUGAAGAAGGCCGCCUACGACAUCGAGGUCAACACCCGCCGAGCUCAGGCUGACCUGGCCUACCAGCUUCAGGUGGCCAAGACGAAGCAGCAGAUCGAGGAGCAGCGCGUGCAGGUGCAAGUGGUGGAGCGGGCCCAGCAGGUGGCAGUGCAGGAGCAGGAGAUCGCCCGCCGGGAGAAGGAGCUGGAGGCCCGUGUGCGGAAGCCCGCCGAAGCCGAGCGCUACCGCCUGGAGCGCCUCGCCGAGGCCGAGAAGUCGCAGCUGAUUAUGCAGGCAGAAGCGGAGGCGGAAUCCGUGCGGAUGCGUGGGGAAGCCGAAGCCUUUGCCAUUGGGGCCCGAGCCCGCGCCGAGGCUGAGCAGAUGGCCAAGAAGGCCGAAGCCUUCCAGUUGUACCAGGAGGCUGCUCAGCUGGACAUGCUGCUGGAGAAGCUGCCGCAGGUGGCCCAGGAGAUCAGCGGUCCCCUGACCUCAGCCAAUAAGAUCACGCUGGUGUCCAGCGGAAGUGGGACCGUGGGGGCAGCCAAAGUGACCGGGGAAGUACUGGACAUCCUAAACCGUCUGCCAGAGAGCGUGGAGCGACUCACAGGUGUCAGCAUAUCCCAGGUGAACCACAAGCCUUUGCGAACAGCCUGAGCCUCAGCUGUCCCGGUGCCCAGCCUCACGGAACACAUUGCCUGGGUGACCCCCGUUGCAUGCACUCCGACAGUGGGGUCCUGCCCCUCGUCUCUCCUUGCCAAAUAGCCUGUGCCUUGCUUUGGAGAGGAUGCUCCAGUCCCAACCGCACACUGCCAGUGCUCCAGGGGGGCUCCCAAUGGUCCUACUCCCUCCCAUCCCACCUUAUUUAACUUCCUAAUUAAAUGAGUGUGACAGGCUGUCAUCUGGAA